GAAUGAGUUUUGAUUAGUGACUGGAGUUACCGCAGGGAGAAGGGAGUGAAAAUCUGAAGGGUGUUCCACGCGGAGCAGAAAGGAUGGGUGGAACGACUUGUGAAGGCGAGUGAGAGGAGCACAGACUGUUAAGGAAGGUCAGCUAGACCACAAGGAGGGCAGAGGGUCCGAGUGCAUAUUGGAUUCCUCUCUGCAGGGCGGAGCCGUUAAAAUCUUGUGGGGAAGAAAGUAAAGGGCCGAGGGCUAUACUCUAUCCUUAUAUCGGGGUAAAGUAUUGAUUGCAGGGACAGUAUUUGGAACGGGGUCCUGUUUCCCUUUGGUCAGUUUUCCACUAGCCAGAGUGGAUUUGCUAAAUCUUAUCGUAACUCCCCUUACCUAAAAUCCUCCAGUGGCUUCCUAUGGGUUCUUUAGGAUAGUGUUUAAAUUGCUGUAGCUUAGAAGGCCAUGAUCUGUCCUCUGCCUUUCUUUGUAACCUCUUUCUAGCCUCUCACCUUUUCAAAUCUGUUAGUCAAACUGAACUUCUCAAACCUUUUGUAAAUGCCUUUUCUCCCACCUGGAACAUUCUUUCCCCCACUUCUAGCUUUAUUCAUACUUUAGCUCUCAGGUAAACAUCUUGGGAACAAUUAGAGGGAUAUAGUGGUCUUUUCUUACUGUGGGUAGAGUAAGGUAUUAACAUGACACUGAAUUUCCUCCCUUUUUAUUGUAAUUACUCAUUUUAAUUGUGGUCUUCUGAUAAACCCUAAGCUCUGAGGGUGCAGACUAUUUUACUUUCUUGUUGUAUUUUGUGCCUGGCUCUUGGCAGGUGCUUUCAAAAUAUUUGUUGAAAUAUGGGUAAUGAAGUGGCAAAUGAGUGAAGAAGUUCAAUUAGAAGAAAGUGCUUGGACAAAAACAUUCGUAGUAGAGAUGAAGAGGGGACAGAUGAGAGAGAUAUUUCAGGGAAAGAAUGAAUAGAUUCCGGUAUCUGAUUGGCUAAGAGACAAGAAGGAAUAGAAGGUGAUGCUAAGGUUUUAAACUGGAACAACCAGAAGGAUGGUAAUUCUGUAAGUUCAGUUGAGUUCAGACAUUUACUGAGCAUGCCAAUUAUAUAUCAAGAACUAGAGGUUGGUGGGGAGGGGACAUGGAUGAUAAGCUGUAUUUUGACUACAUUGUAUGUGAGAUAUUUGAGAGAUAUACACAGAAGGCAGUUGGAAAUGAGCAUUUGGUGUGUUGAGGAAAAAUGUGGAUCCUUAAUUUGGGGCUCAUUUUCACAGUGUGUUUAUGUGCCCAGUGCAUUUGUAGCUUUGAUCAAGGGUAUGAGUGAGAUCACUGAGGGAAGAUGUGAACUCCUUUCUUACUUUCUAGUAAGCUCCCUGAGAGCUUGUACCAUAUUAGACCUGUUUACUGUUUUGUCUCCUGUGCCUGGUCAGUGUCUGGCAUGUGAUAGAUUCUCAAAAACAAUGAUUGGAUAAAGAGAGAGGGUAUCCAAUGGAAAGAUAAGAGGGUUGGGAUAGAACUGUGUGCAGCUUUUUGAUUAUGUGGUAUCUGAGGAGGGGCCAGCAGAGCCUGCAAAGAAGAGACGAAUAGGAGAGAAACCGAGAGAAAGAGUGUCCUGGAAACCAAGGGAGGGGAGAGCUUCCAGGAGUGGGAGUCUUUAGAUUUGGAAAGGGCUUUCCAAUAAUUUUAUCAGUUAGGAAAGUAUUAAUAUUUUAGAUUUUUUCAAAUAAUUUUAUCAGUUAGGUAAGUAUUAAUAUCUUAGAUUUUUUUCAAAUAGGCCCAGAUUUUCUGGGCUCUGCUGAUUUUGUAUUCCUUAGUACUAUGAACCAUCAUAAUAUCUCUACAGUCUCACACUUCAGCAUGUAAACUAAAGCUCCCUUAUGAUAUCUGAUUUCUGUAAAUAGCUCAAAAUCUCUUUGUUAGACCACAGAGUCUGAUCCUGGGUUAAGAAAAAUAUGCCCACUUGUAUUGAUGAUGUUUAAGAGAAUGCUUCUCAGUGCAAGGGUGGUUCCCACGUUACAGCUUAGUUCUCCCUUUGUGAUCUUAGCACACACAGGCUGGAAUUUAGAGUUGGCCAGUAUAUUAGUCUCCUACACUGUAUAACAAAUUACCACAAACCUAGUGACUCAAAACCAUACUCAUUAAUUAUCUCACGAUUUCUGUGAGGCAAGAAUUUGGACAUGGUUUAGCUGGGUAGGGUGCUUAGGGUCUCACAAAGUUAUGAUUAAGGUGUUGGUGGUCUGCAUUCUCAUCUAGAACCCAGCUUGGGAAAAGUCCGCUUCGACGCUCACCUCACCUCACGUAGGUUGUUGGCAGAAUUCAUUUCCCUGGGGCUGUAUGCCUGAGGGGUCUCUUGACUGACUUUCUCCUCCUGCGGCCCACUUCCCCUCCAGGCGGCCCACAGUUCUCUGAGUUGCCGGCCCUCUGGCCCUUUGCACAGCCAGUCACCGUGGCAUUUGGCUUCUUCACGGCCAGCAGGAGACUCUCUUGCUCUGCUCUCAUAAGACAGAGACUAGUAUAGCCUAAUGUAAUCACAGGAAUGACCUCUUCUCACAUUUGCCUUGUUUUAUUGGAUAAAACAAAUCACAGGGGAAAAAAGCCCAGAACAAAUCGUGGAUCCUGUCCAAACUCAAGGAUGUCACUUGUCAGAGUGAACCGUUAUGGUCCUCGGGGAGGAGGAAGGAAAGUGCUGAAGGUAAAGAAGAAGAAAACAUCAGUGAAGCAAGAAUGGGAUAAUACUGUGAAUGACCUAACAGUUCAUCGGGCAACUCCUGAAGAUCUGAUACGUCGUCAUGAAAUACACAAAUCAAAGAACAGAGCAUUAGUACACUGGGAACUCCAAGAAAAAGCUUUGAAGAGAAAAUGGAAGAGGCAGAAACCAGAAAUCUCUAAUCUUGAGAGAAGAAGAUUGUCUAUAAUGAAGGAGAUUCUUUCUGAUCAAUACCAGAUGCAGGAUGUAUUAGAAAAAUCUGAUCAUUUGAUGGCUGAAGCAAAAGAUCUGUUUGUUGAUUUUCCCCGUAGGCGCACAGGGUUUCCGAAUGUAACUAUGGCUCCUGAUUCCUCUCAGGGUCCUAUUUUGGUAAAUCAAGACCCUGUCACUCAGGCCAUUCUUCGUGAAUCCAUCAUGGAGCCUCAGGCUCUUAAUGAAGUAGAUGAUGGUGAAGAAGGAACUGGUAACAGCCAGUCCGAAGAAAGUGAGAAUGAAUUGGAUAACUCUCUAAACUCUCAGUCAAAUAUGAAUGUAGAUAGAUUUCUCCACCAACUAAAGGAAGAUAAUUCUGAGUUAAUUAAUAAACUGUGGACUGAUAUUCAGCAGAAAAUAACAACACAGUCACAAACCCCUCCAGGAACUCCAUCACCUGCCGCUCCAUCAGGAGAACAAAAAGCUGCUCUGAAUGCUACCAAUGCUGUCAAGAGAAUCCAGACCAGGCUUCAAUCUGAAGAAUCUACUGAGACUCUAGACUCAAGUUAUGUUGUGGGACAAGUGCUGAACUCAAGGAAGCAAAAACAGUUGUUAAAGAAAGUGAAAGGAAAAGUGGAUUCACAUGCUCCUUCCAAGCAGAAGAAGAACGUGUUAACAGCUAGCACAGCCUCCACAGACUUACCAAAUAGCAACAGUUCCAGCCUGGAUGUCCUCAAACACAUGAUAAAUGAAGUGGAACAUGAAAUGGAAGAAUAUGAACGAUGGACAGGACGUGAGGUCAAGGGACUGCAGAGCAGUCAGGGCCUUACAGGCUUCACUCUGUCACUGGUGAGCUCCCUCUGUCGCCUGGUUCGGUAUCUGAAAGAGAGCGAGGUCCAACUGCAUAAAGAAGUAGAGACGAGGCAGCAACUGGAACAAAUGUUAGGUGAUCAUCGAGAGCUCAUUGAUGCUCUUACAGCUGAAAUUCUUCUUCUUAGAGAGGAAAAUACUGCUACCCAGGCAAGACUUCAGCAAUACAUGGUCACAACAGAUGAGCAACUUAUAUCGCUCACACAUGCCAUGAAGAACUGUCCAGUGAUAAAAAGCAACAAAGAAUGUCAGGCAUCAGAAAGGGGAUCCACGAGUAGGAAAAUUAUAGACAAUCCCGAGGGCCCUGUUGUAAAUGCUAAUGUCUCCAUGCCAUUGGUGUUCAGAGGGGAAGAAGUGGCUGAAUUCGCACAGGAAGACUUGCCUGUUAAACUGUCUCAGGUGCCAACUCCCACAGAUAGUGUGAAUCUGACUAACAGUUUUCCAGCACAUAUAUUUGAACCGGCUGUGUUGUUAACACCACCCAGGCAGAAGAGCAACUCUGGAUUCUCUCCCUUGCAGGACGUAUUGAGGAGGACUGUUCAAACUCGUCCUGCUCCACGAAUUCCUCCCACUGUGGAAAUAAUUGAGAAGGAACAGAAUUGGGAAAAGAAGACCUUACCUACCGACACAGACAAUCAGAAUUCAAGUGAAGAGAGUCAUCUCUUCACUCAGAGGUGGAGGGUGUCUCACAUGGGGGAAGACCUGGAGAACAAAGCCCAGGCUCCCUUCGUUAACUUCUCACAGCCCUUCUGUAGUUCGCAUUCAAACACUCAGCAGGCCAGAAGCCCCGAGUUCUCAGAAGAGCCCCUGGUACUGGGAGACGGGCAGCAGCUUAGGACAAAUGCGGCAUUAAUACAAAGCAAAGACGUCAUGGCACGAAUUGCUGAGUUGACACUGCAGAAUUCAGCUAUCAAGGCACAUCUGAAUAAUAUUAUCGGGCCAGGAGGAGAGCAAGGGGAUGGAGUUCGGGAAUUAAACAAACAAGAGACGAGUCACGUGAGCGACAUGACUGCAACUUUUCCAGCAACACAACCUCUAACACCAAGUAGCAUGGAGGAGCGGAUUGCAGAAUUGAAUCGGCAGAGUAUGGAGGCUCGUGGAAAACUCUUGCAGUUAAUAGAGCAGCAGAAACUUAUUGGUCUGAAUCUUUCCUCUCCACUGGUGUCACCCAUUCCAUCACCUCUCAGAGCAUGGACUGAAGGAGGAAAGAGGACAAUUGAAGUAUCUAUUCCAGGAGCUGAAGCCCCAGAAAGCUCAAAAUGCAGUACUGUCUCUCCUACCAGUGGGAUAAAUACAAGAAGAUCUUCAGGGGCUACUAGUAAUUCUUGUUCUCCAUUAAACGCUACCUCAGGAAGUGGGCGAUUCACACCUGUUAAUCCAAGAGCAAAGAUUGAGAAACAGAAUGAAGAAGGCUGGUUUGCUCUUUCUACCCACGUGUCAUAAGUGAAGUUAGUUGUACAGAAUUUUUUUUCAGUAGUAUAUUCUUGAGCUUCCACUCCCCUUUCCCUGCUCCUGCUUUCAAGUUUUCAUGUCCUUUUAGAUAAAACCUACAAAGAUCUUGUAACUUAGUACUUAUGGAACAAAGAAUAAAGAAAUUAUUUGAAUCUUGGAUCUUUUCAAAUAAAUUUCCAACAACUAACCAAUGUACAACCUCCUGUGAAUAAAAUUUUGAUUAUAGGGAAAUUGAAGUUUUAUAUUCUAAUAAUCCCAUCAGUAUUGUAAAGUUUUGCUGAGUAACACAUUUUUACCUUUAUCAUCUUUAUUCAGGUUUUUUUUUUUUUUUUGGUCUAGUAUAUCUUAAAUGAUGUAUUUCUUUUAUUUUUUUCUGAAGAAUUAAGUUGCUUUGCAUAUAAUUUACAAUAAAAUGGCUCUGGGUGAUUAAAGUCUGGCUUUCAGAAAAAUUUAAUACUCCCUUUGAUUUCUUUUUGGGAGGGAAGUUAUUGUUGUCCAUGGCUUUUUCCACCGAGUGGAAUGUAUAGCUUUAAAAAGUAGGUGUGGGAACAUCUGUUUAUAUUUGUUUAUGCAGAUAAGAGUGGUUGUAUAUAUCAUAAAAUUCUUAUAUAGGCUUUAAAUGUGAAAAUGUCAUCAAUAAUGGUAAUGUACAUCAAAUAAAUAAUGCUCAAAGAGCUCGUGUCUAAAUGCAGUAACAUUGAUUUAGUGUUUGAAACAGAAAUGAGUACAAAAGGUUGCUGUCAACUUUCCCGCCCUGAAUCUACUACACAUUCAGGGUUGUUUUCUUCAAAGCACCUGUUUGGCUCUCAGACACUGGCUUUUAUUUUAGACUUGCUUUUUAAAUUAUCUCUACCCUUUCACUGUGGGAUGGAAAUUCUCAACCUGGUGUAGUGGGAGUAGGGCAGGGGAAACACAUUGAAACUACUUGGGGAACUUUCUCAGACAACACUGUCCCUCCUCCUGGAGUUUUUCGUAUUCUACGAAGUGUCAUAUGCAACUUUCAUUUGGGCCUCUUCAUUGUGGCGGCAAAAAUACAAUUUUUCUCUGGUAUCACUGAUUUUAUUUA